AUGAAUGGAACUAUCCAAAUUACUUCUCAGGGUUUUGGACAUUUUUUAUACGAGUUUUCUACCUUGUUUUUGCAGGUCCAUCAACUAAAGCAAGUAGUUGACCAAUGGGAAGUGGGAGACUGUGGUGACGCCCAUGUUGCUGCUGCCCUCUUGAAACUCUGGUACCGUGAACUAUACGAACCUCUAAUACCCGACUCCCUCUACCAGGCAGCCAUUAACGCUCAUGAUGACCCCUCACAAGCUGUUGCCCUUGUUAAUAAACUUCCUGAAAUUAACAGACUUGUGCUAUCUUAUCUAAUCAGAUUUUUACAGUAUUUUGCCCAACCGGAUAUUGUAACGUCUACCAAAAUGGAUGCAAGCAACUUGGCAAUGGUGAUGGCUCCAAACUGCCUUCGUUGUACUAGUGAUGAUCCCCGUGUUAUAUAUGAAAACACAAGGAAAGAAAUGGCCUUUAUACGUACUCUGAUCCAACACCUGGACACGACCUUCAUGGAGGGUGUUGUCUGAGACUGGCAUUUUGUGGUAUAAGGACUAAUUAUGCCAUUAUCUGUCACCUUAUACCACAGAGCCUAUCAAGAGAUAUGUGCGUUGCUGGUAAUCACUCAUACAUUUAUAAAAGUAUGCAGAAUAAAAACAAAAUUUGCUGUGGCAAAGCGUCAUAUAAGAUAUAAAGAAGCCUUUAUUUUCUUGGACAGUCCAUAAGUCAAGAACAUUCAUGUGUCAGUACAGGGGAUGUAUGCAUGGAGAAGCAUGCUAUGGAUGAACAAAUCCACAAGGGCCGUGACGAGGAUCCUCGUCACGGCCCUUGUGGAUUUGUUCAUUUGAUGCAUCACGUUAGUGUGAUCUCUGUGUGUGAUGCUAUGGACGCCACGUGAUCUUGGUGCUCGUCUCUUGUCUUACCUCGUAGGCACAGGUUACAGAGACUUUUGAAGGACCCUAGAAUUAAGAGCAAACUCCCUUUACAACGUUUAUAUCACAGGGUUAUGAAAUACAUAACAAAAUAUAAUUAGGAUCAGAUUUUGAGCUCAUGAGCAUUUUGAUAUUGAUACACAGUACCAAAAGAAAAAAAAGUUUAGGGUUUGGUCCUAAUAUCUGGGUAAAGACUGUGAUUUGAUGUCCAUUGACUUAUUUUAGGUUGUGUAAAAAUGCUUAAGUAUGUUCUGUAUGAUUCCAAAUAAUGCAAACAAUAUCUAAUUUAUUUCAUUAAUCUGCAGUUAUGAAUUUUGAAUACAAACAAAAACAAAUAAGUUAAUAUUUAUAAUUGUUCCUUAUCAGAGUACAGUACAUAAAUGAUAUUUAUGUCAUGAUAAUUUCAUACCAACUUUUGUUUUUAUAUGUAACAAAUUGCUACAAAAGGCUUACUGUAGUGCCUGUAAUUUUUUUUCUUCAAAAGUUCAAGAACUACAUCGGCUAACAUUCCAAAUUGAGAGCGAGCCGAGUCACACUCAUUACAGGACUUCCAGGGAUCCCUCACUUAGUGGAGGCUUCUGGCCACGUUAGUAAAUGUUUAAAUGUUAACAUUUUUCAGAUACUGAUUAGGCAAGUAAUUGGAUUUCUGAUAUUCAGAAUAUUAUUAGUACCUGUGAGAAGAUAAUUUAGAAUUGUUGUCUAACAGUCAACCAACGAGAUCUGAUAUGAUUUCAAUUUGUGUACUUUCUGUAAAUAUUGUAACAAAAUUAGAAUAACAAUGGCAUCACACAGUGAGGGAGAUGCCUUACGGUCGGUCAAUGAUCAUGCAGUUGGUGUUCCAACUGCACAUAACAUGGUCUUGAAACCCAAUGUUCCUCUACCACACAGCUUAAACAAUAAGGUGAACCUUUACGUCCUGAGUGAAAAAUGGACAUGCCUAUUAUCUAGUCUUCAACUUGUAUAGUAUUUUUUUCACAAACUUCCUUGUGCCAACUCGAACAAAUGAAAAACAGAUCAAAGCUACUUUGUUUGCAUUUGUUACAGGCACACACAUGCUUUUGUUAAAUGACUUGAUAUAGUUAAAAUGUUAUUUUUUAUACCAUGUUGACAACAGUUUGUUACAACCUUAUGUAACACAUUCUUUGCUACUUGUUCUGCAAAAUAUUGUACAUGAAUUUUAAGAUAAAAGAAGUAUAGAUGUUUAUGAGUAUGACGUGGGAUGAUAGUCGGAUGGUGGUAUUUUUUAUAUACUACUUAACUAUUCUAAGGCAUUUAACUAUGUAACCAUAUAAGCCAGGCAAUCAUGUAAAUGACAAGGACAGUACACUUGAGCCAAGAAAACUAUAGGUUAUUUUUCUGGAUUUUCUACGAAGAGACUCAAGUCAUACAUAUGAGGGGAAUUGAGUGUGUAUUUAGCACAUCCAAGUGCUAAGGUGCAAUGCUUAAUAUGCAGCAUUUUUGACUACUAGAAGUAACAGUAUUAAUUAUAAUGCCGUGUUCUUGUAAUUAAAUGAUGGUUAUGCCGAGUCAGCAGGAAACGUAUAACAAACUGGUUAAUAUCGUAUUUCUUCUCGGUUGGCAUUUUUUUUUUUUUUUGCUUUCCUAUUUGUGAAGUCUUAUUACUUGAUCUCUAACUUUAUAACAUUUAUAUAAAUACCCAACUGUUAAUUUUCUUUUAUUAUAAAAAGCAACUUUUUCCCAAAAUCUUCAGAUAUACAAGAAAUUAUUUCUGUAGUCCAGAAAAACUUAUUGAAUAUGGCUGAUGGCUGUUGAUUGCUUCAGAGAUUGGUGUAUGACUGCUGUGAAGCAGCAUAAGCUAGUUGCUAUUGCAUUUAGAGCAUAAAUGUGGAAUGUACUGAAUAGUUUAGUGUCUAUUUAAAUGGGGUUUGAUACCUUGUCAUAUAUAGGCCAACUUUGCAUCUUUUUACAUCUUAUAUGUGCCUCAAAAAAAAAUAAAGCACAAUUUCUUUUGUACAAAUUUUAUCAGAUUUGAUGCAUCUAAGUCUUCUUUUUGCCUUUGGCUUGAGCACUGGUAGCUAUGCAGCUGGAAAUUAUUUAAAACUCGUUAUUUCUGACAAGGCUUGUAUAAUCAUUUUAAUAUUGAAAUAUAUACAGAUGUCCUUAUGUAAUAUACAUUGAUAUUGUAUAGCUGUAUUUCAGAAUGUUAAAAACAUUUAAAAUCAUUUGUAUCAUAUGAAUAUUAAAACCUGUAUGCUAA